AAAUCCUCUGCGUCUUGAAGCUAAUAUUGGACUUUGUAAAUCAUACCAGCGGCAACUUCACCGACUGCGAUUAGAUUUAGUUAAGCAAGGUGGUGGUGUCACCAAAAAACAAAAUCGACAUCUAAUCUGGGAGACAAUUGAAACCCACCACCAGGGCAGGGUGAAGACUGGUAUGAUUACCAAUUUGGAUUAUAAAGAUCCAAAUAUAUUUUUCAACCGGGCAUUUCCAAUGUUUAGAAGACACGUUCGGCGUGAGCUAGUGAAUCAUCCCCUCAAGGUGUAUAUUAUGUUCACGGGCAAUUUCAUUAAGCCCACCACCAAAGAGGAGGAUUUGAAAACUUUUAUAACGUCGGCCAAGGAAAUGUAUCUGACAACGGACAUGCAGGAGUGGUACACUGAUCAUGUCAAAAACUAUUUGUUGAAAAAAUUGGAAGAAUUCCAGGAACGCGAUAGCGGUUGGGCUCUUGACAUGAUCAUAAAUAUUCGAGUCCACAUGAAUAAGUACUCUCCGAUCACAGCUGGAACAUUUUGUGAACUACCACCAGUCAUCAAAAAUAAAUUGGCUCUAUCGAUUAACGUGUACGGCUACAAAGAUACGUUUAUACAUGGUUUGGAAAUUUUCCCUGUACGCGUUAGUUCGAACACUGCGGGGCAGAAAAUUCAUCUAUUGGCUGUGGAGAAUGGGAACAGUCACCACUUUUGCUGGAUAAAAAAUUUAGCAAAGUUGGCUCGAUCGGGUGUAACAAAAUACAAGAAUAAAAUUUAUUUAUGUGAUCGAUGUCUCAACUAUUUUGCUACAGAAGGCAAACUCCAACAGCAUUCAGUAAAUUGUGGUGAGCAAGAAGCAGUGCGGGUACGAAUGCCUGAAACUGAUGACGAGCGGUUCGUUGAGUUCAAAGAUUUCAACAGCAAGGAACGUGUUGAGUAUAUGGUGUACGCUGACUUUGAGGCACUAUUGGUACCACAGGGCCAUGAACACAUGGAAACGGAUCAUGAGUCUUAUACACAAAAUAUUCAAAAACAUAUACCCUACAGUGUGGGGUAUUAUGUACAUUGUACUCAUGAUCCUAACCAAUCAUUCUAUAAGGCAUACCGUGGUGCUGAUUGUGUCAAGUGGUUUGUUCGUGAACUGGAACAAGUAGCGUACUCAUUAGAGCAAAAAAUAAAACACGUUAAACCAAUGUGUCCGCUCACCGUCGAACAAGAACUGGAUUUUAUGUCAGCAGAGAAGUGUCACAUUUGUGGUAAAGAUUUCGUAUCCAAUUCCAUACGUGUUCGCGACCAUUCACAUCGCACAGGUAUCUACCGUGGAGCAGCACACCAAUUUUGUAAUCUGCAUUAUCAAGAUUCAAGGGUGAUACCUGUUGUGAUGCACAACUUAAGUGGAUACGAUUCGCAUUUUAUUAUUGAAACUCUGCUGACGGAAAUCGACGGUCAAGUUGAUGUGUUGCCCAUCAACAAAGAAAAGUACAUCAGUUUCACAAAGCACGUCUCGGACAUUCAACUAAGAUUCAUCGAUUCCUUCCGAUUUCUCGCAGACAAGUUAGAAAAUCUGGUCUAA